GCAGAAGAGUAUAGUCAAGCAAAUGGCACAGAGGAGUAAUCUGCUGGGGAAAAGUGGGCAGUACUGAUCCUUGUGUAAUAAUUUCUUGUACUUCUUUUUUUUUUUUUUGCAGUACGCGGGCCUCUCACUGUCGUGGCCUCUCCCAUUGCGGAGCACAGGCUCCGGAUGCGCAGGCUCAGCCGCCGUGGCUCACGGGCCCAGCUGCUCCACGGCAUGUGGGAUCUUCGCGGACCGGGGCACGAACCCGUGUCCUCUGCAUCGGCAGGUGGACUCUCAACCACUGCGCCACCAGGGAAGCCCUAAUCUCUUGUACUUCUAUGGUACUUUACACUUUUGAAAGAAUAAUGCAUGUGCCUGCCUUUAUAAGCAUUAUUCCAUCUUAUUAAUACUUCUCCAGUUAUACCUCAUGAGCUAUCAUGCCAUUAUUAUGCCAAGGCAUGCAUUUUCAAAUAAGCCUCAUGAAAGAUCUGUGAGACAAGUAAUGCAGGUCGUCGUAUUGUCUUCAUUUAUAGGAAAAUUAAAGUCAGUGAUUUACAUAAAAUUAAAUGAUUUACAUAAAACUACACAGCAAGUGUUUCUUUCCUUCAGUUCCCUGAGCCCUGACACUUUUUCUCUUUUAAUAAGUAGAGUUAAAUCACCACUAGGUGAUUUCUUGCUCUGAAAGGUUGAUGACAGAAUGGAAACUCUCAUGGUGGAAAAAUUCAGCUCAAAAUUGUCAGUACAAAUAAUGCUAUUACCAUAGAAGAUAAAAAGCUUUUAAGUUUUAAUAUUUUACUUUUUAAGUAUGUUUUGAGGGAUUGGUUAUUAUGUACACAGAGUAAUGCCCCAAAUAUCCCAUACUUCUUGAAAAACUCCUAAUCCAAAACAAACCAUAACCAAUGUUAAGAAACACCAUUAGGGCUUCCCUGGUGGCUCAGUGGUUAAGAAUUCGCCUGCCAAUGCAGGGGACAGAGGUUCGAGCCCUCAUCCAGGAAGAUCGCACAUGCUGCGGAGCAACUAAGCCCGUGUGCCACAACUACUGAGCCUGCACUCUAGCGCCCACGAGCCACAACUACCGAAGCCUGCGCGCCUAGAGCCCGUACUCCGCAACAAGACGCCACCGCAUUGAGAAGCCUGCGCACCACAAUGAAGAGUAGUCGCCCUCGCCACAACUAGAGAAAGCCUGUGCUCAGCAACAAAGACCCAACGCAGCCUAAAAUAAAAUAAAAUUAAAAAGAAACACCAUUAGCACUCUAACGCACAGAUACCAAAAGGAAUUUGGAUACAAAGGUUAACUAAAGGAAAUGAACAUUCUAGUAAUUAUGGCUCUUGCUUCAGAACAAUGAGAAGGUUUGCAAAGCUAAACUGCAAGGAGGGACUGAGCAAUAAAAACAAAUGAGCAAAAUAUUCUUCCUGUUAAAAACAAAAGUCAAAAUUAGGGACACUUUUUAAAAAUUAACACUCUUGCUUAAAAAUUGAAAAAUAAGAAAUUCCAAUGUCACACUACUACCUCAUACCCACACCCCAUUCCCCAGCCCUGGAGUUUGCUGAGAAAAGCAAAAGGGAUUUGGGGGGAAAAGGAAAUGGAGGGGAAAGCUAGAGAAUAAGCAUGACAGCAUGGGUUUUCAGAAAAGUUAGGAAGUUUAACUGGGAGAAAGCACAGGAGUGGAUUGCAGAAUGUCAGAGACAGAGGCAAUCAAAUAUCAUUUGGUUAAUCCAACCUUCUUCUUUGAUGGAGGGGACACUGACUGCGAGAGAGAAUUAAGUGACUUGCCAGGGUCCCACAAGAAGUUAGUGACUAUCAGUGCUAAACUCCAGGUGUCCCAACUCCGUUAUCUGUUUACUUUCCAUUACUCCACCCUCCAAUUCUGUUGAAUGAGAUGGAUGAGUCAGAACACCGGUAUUUUAUUGGGUUAUAAACUCUCUUCUUCUUGCUUUCCUUGACACCCAACCUCCUAUAUAUUAUUUUGCAGUUCUCCUUUAAGUGGUUCCAUAUCCUUCUACUCCAAGAGCACCUCUGACCUCGAUGGUGUGUGAUCUAUUUAUGCUUACUUUGCAGAAUUUUUUCAGCUCCAUCAGUGAAUGUUCCCAUAGCUGUGAUGAAGCUAUGAUAACAGUCUCCCUCUGAGUAGAUUUGGGUGUUCCAGGCUCAGGGCCUCAUCCUGUUACACCAUCCGCCCAAGUACUGCAUGGCCCACGCUUCCAAGGCUGACCAGCUCCAGCAGAGGUUCCUGCAACCGGCACCUGCUGCCUGAUGUGGUGCCUGGAGCGGCUCCGCUUGGGACCCGAGCACCUCCUGCGGGGCAGAAACCGGCUUUUCCAGGAUCAGGCCGGCCGAGCCACUGCUCUCAGGCCCUCCCGGUGCGCAAACGUGCUCACCCCGGACCGCAUCCCCGAGUUCUGCAUCCCCCCGCGACUCGCGCCCUGCCCGACCCUGGCUGCAAUCCAAGACAACAGGGGCGAAAAAGCAGGGACAGGCGACGGCGCGGGGCGCACGGACUGGGACCCACGAUCGCAGGCUGCGCUCUCGCUGCCUCACCUGCCCCGGGCACGUACAGCCUAUGGCUUCUGCGCGCUGCUCGAGAGCCCGCACACCCGCCGCAGGGAGUCGCUCUUCCUCCGGGGCCCGGGGGCCGCCCCGCUCCUGCCCGCGCUCCGCCCCCGGGCGCGCACCUUCGGAGGCGGCGUCGGAGACGCCCCCCUCGUGCCCCCGGGAAGAGUCCCUGCUGUGCCCCCGGCGGCCCUCGGCGGCUCCCGCCCGCACCUGGACACGCUCACUCUCCGACCCCGCGGCAGCCGCCUCCUGCGCGCUCCCGAGGGGCUGCUGCGCUGCGCGCAGAGGAGCAGCGGCCUGGCCAGUGCCCGCUCCGUCGCCAGCGGGGACGGGGACGACGACGACGACGAGCGCGGCGCCGGCUCCCUGUCCCCGGCUCAGGCCCCCGCCACGUCCCCUCCGCCGCCCCCCGACCCGCGGCCCGAGCGCCUGGAGGCCGAGGGCACCGUGACUCUGGACGGCGCCGAGUACAGUCGGGACAGCGGGCGCCUCCGCGUCCGGCUGCUCCACGCCGAGGGCCCGGCCGGUGGGGCCGCCGAGCCCCGCGCCCCCGUCGGCUGCCACGUCAGCUUCGUCCUGCAGCCGCCGGGCCAGACGCGCCGGCUGCGGGGCGCCGUGUUCCGGCGGAGACGCCGGGCGGUCUUGGAGCAGGACUUGUGCUUGGACGGGCUCUCGGAAGACGAGGUGCGCCGCCUGGCCGUGCGCGUCAAGGCCGAGAACCGGGGCCGCGGGCUGGAGCGGGGUCGCCUGCUGGGCCAGGGCGAGCUGCUGCUGGGCCCCGUCCAGCUCCUGUGAGGGCGCGCCCUGCCCCAGCUCUGUCCCUCGGACACAGCCGAUUUGUACAAAAUAAACGUGUUUUUAUUAUUCUA